AUGGCAAAUACUUUGGGUCAACAAUGGGUAGUCCGCUCCCAACAAAGCGAUCUUUCAGGUCUUCAGUUUCAAGAAAAUGCACCGAUCCCCGAACUCGGACCUAGCGAGGUUUUGGUGGAAGUCCUCGCCGCUUCACUGAACUACCGCGAUCUCGUCGUUGCGAAGGGUCUUCUUGGGCUGAAGUCAUCUCCCGAUCUCGUCCCCGGCUCGGAUGGAGCCGGCUACGUCCGCAAGACAGGUAGCGAUGUCAAGUCUGUGGCUCCCGGAGACCGAGUUGUCAUGCACAUGGUUCCGGAGACCUUCAAAGACAACCAAGUUGCGCCCUUGGAUGAUUCGACCCUGCCGUCUUUUGCCCACAUCUCCGCCGGUCUCGGGCAUGGUCUGAACGGUACACUUUCCACACAUGGCGUCUUCCAAGAGAGUUGUCUCGCAAAGUUCGGCGACAACCUUUCUUUCGAGGAGGCGGCGACACUUACAUGCUCUGGUAUCACGGCGUGGAAUGCUUUGAUGGGCCUUGAGGGAAAGCAGGUUAAGAAAGGCGACUGGGUACUCGUUCAAGGAACCGGGGGGGUGAGCAUUGCCGCUCUGCAGUUUGCACUUGCGGCUGGCGCAAACGUUAUCGCAACGACCAGCAGCGAUGCCAAAGCCGCCAGACUCCGCGACCUCGGCGCGCAUCACGUCAUCAACUACCGCUCAUCUCCAGACUGGGGUGCUGUGGCCAAGAGGCUGACGCCUUCCAGCCGAGGCGUGGACAUUGUCGUCGACGUCGGAGGUAACGCGACCCUCGGUCAAUCCCUCGAGGCGAUGCGCAUCGAUGGACUCAUCGUGAUCGCCGGACUACUCGGCAAGACAGACCGUGAAGAGCCGCUCAUGUCCGUCUUGGGCAGGAUCUGCGUUGUUCGGGGUAUUUUGCUGGGUACAAGGCAGAUGAUGCGGGACAUGAUUAAGUUCAUGGAGGAGAAGGGCGUGAAGCCGGCAUUGGAUGCCGAGGUAUUCACGUUGAGUGAGGCGAAGGCGGCGUUUGAGCGGCUGGAACAACAAAAGCACUUCUCCAAAGUUGUCAUCAAGAUUCCAGGGGCGAAGCAGUAA